AUGACCCCGUUCUUCCAAUUCUUAGAUCUACCCGGUGAGCUUCGCAACAUGAUAUACGACAUCUGCCUGGACAACGAGAGGACGACAAGGAACCCUGAUAUGACGAAAAGAGUGCGGGUUUAUCGGGGAUCAAUGGGAAGCAAGAGUUUCUUAGACCGCAACAUACGGCAAAAGCGCGUAAAAGAGAUCCGUGCGCGAAAGCCGACCAGAGAACAUAGAGUGCGAGAUGCCGCCCGAAAAGUUGCGCUCGAAAAGAUUGUAGAGAGACGAGUCAAGCUCGCAACUCGUUCGAGGGACGGACUUACAGCUGGCGCCCACGAAGCCUUCUACUUGUACAAACUGGAGCACGACAUGUAUACUUUGCCAUCAAAGAGGGUGACAGAUGGCCAAAACAACCACGACCAAGGCAUAUUCAGGUCGGGCAACAGAACAAUGAAGAAAGGUGUCCUGGAGAUCGAUGUCAGAGGCAACCUAGUCGACGACCUUCCGAUGCUUUCCUAUGUCGAUCGUGCGAUCUUCUCCGAAACCCUGUUCCUCUACUACUCCACGGUGAGAGAAGGUCUGUGGAUCAAAUGGACAGUCCGGAACCUGGACUUCUUCCCAUUCCUGCGAUUCUACCAGGCAUUCACUAGGGGUGAAAACGCGGUCGAGAUUCCACCUUCAAGACUGCACAUUGAGUUCGACAAGGAGAAAGAGGAGACUGAUGACGGCCUACAUGCGAAGAAGUUUGUCCAUGUAAAGAGACUGGUCGAGCUGCACUGGCUGGACGGCUUCCCACUCUGGGGCUGCUUAACCGGGUUAUCUGAUCGUCAAGAUUGCAAGGGACCGUUCGGAGACUACAUGUACUCUGUCCGUCAGGUCGUGGCGUUGUACCGUAUUGACCACGAAGUUUGGAAGUCGCUCUCCGUUGAAUACCUUCGCCGUUGUGAGGCAAUGGGUGAUGACGACGCUUUGGAUAGUAAUCUUGCAACACUAUCCGACCCCGAGCUUGUUGAAGCAGUUAUUGACAUGCUAUGCGGAGCGAUUGAGUACAACCUCGGAUACACAGGCAGCUAUGCACGCAUUGGUCGCGAUCAGACUGAGUGGGAUCAAGACAUCUUCGAAACUUUCAGGUAUAAGGGAUCGCAUGUCAAGACAGCUUAUGAGAAGGAGCAUGCGAUUGUUCGUGUUGUCAGCCUGUAUCGGAAGAAAGUCGACAGGACACUGCGGGAUCGGCUGGGGGAGGUGUGCGAGGAUUGGGAGAGUGUUCCAGAUGACGCGCUCAUCCCUGAAGGGGUGUUGUUGUGA